AUGAACUUAGUCGUAUUUUCGGGCGGCACUGCUACAAACUCGUUGACUCCCAGUUUCUACAAUUUGACAGUCUCUAAAGGUCAUGAACUGACGUACGUUUUACCUAUCUCGGAUAAUGGUGGGUCCACGAGCGAGAUAUUAAGGGUCCUGGGCGGUCCCGCUAUUGGUGAUAUCAGAUCCAGAAUUGUACGCCUCUUGGAGGACGAGAAACUGGUCAUUGUCUUUGGGUACAGGUUGUCGGAAGACUGUCACGAGGCUAAAAGGGAGUGGAAUGAAAUAGUGGAGGGGACACACCAGGUAUGGAAAGCGGUCCCCCAAGAGGUCAAAGAGAUGUGUAGAGCCUUUAUUAUCCACAUAAACUCGGAGCUACUUAAAAAAUCAAAGAGUUACGCCAACAGGUUCAAGUUUGAGAAGGCCUCGAUCGGUAACCUGUUUUUGACUGGAGCCAGGUUGUUCUUGGGUAGCCUUGACGCAUCCAUCGAGUUGAUGAUGAGGAUUGGGAGGUGUAAUCCAAAGGUAAACGUCAUCCCCUGCAUCAACACAAGUCACACGCAUCACAUCUCCGCAUUGCUGACCAACGGCGACGUCAUAACAGGACAGUCGCAAAUCUCUCAUCCUUCAAAACCUUCCGUCAAUCGUGCCGCAUCUAGACACGGAACUUUGAUGAACGAAGAACAGGACUUGUUCGAAAACUCUCUUAAUGCCGGGUCUAACUACAUGGACGGCAUGAAUAAGGGCGGCACCAUUGCCAUUGGACCAUCUGCAGAAAACUCCAUGGUGGAAGAGCAAGGGGGCGCAGAAACGGAAGAGGAGGAAGAGUACGCUAACCCAAUUUAUAUCUUACCGGAGUUGAAAAACUCGCAACUGCAUUUCGAUAAGUGUGAUUCUGAUGAAAUGUUGCCAGCACCAAUCAGAAGAAUUCUCUACAUCAACCCGUACGGAGAAGAGAUCAAACCAUUAGGUAACUCAAGGGCCGUGUCCAAGAUUAAGGAAGCAGACAUGAUAGUGUACUCCAUCGGCUCUCUGAUGACGAGUCUUAUGCCAAUCAUUAUACUGGGGAACAUUGCCAGCACGAUCUUAGACUGCCCCAAGAAGCAUAAAAUCCUUAUAAUCAACAACAAGUAUGACCGGGAAACUUUUGGUCAUGACGCGUACCAUUAUGUCAAAAUGGUGGUAGAGUCGAUGACUAGAGCCGUGAUGAAUUACAGGCAGACUAGAGGCAUUGUCGCUUCAACUUUGAAAAACUUGAAAUGGGAUUGCUUCAUUACGGAUAUAAUAUACCUUACUGGAGGAGAUAUUCAAAUGGAUUGGGGAAGUCUUUCCGAACAUAACAUUGUGUGUCAUGGUAUCAACUCUGAUAAGCUAUCAAAUGAGGACUUGGAAGUCGUCCUGAAAAAGAUUCACUCGUUGAGUACUUGA